AUGAAGCUUAAUCUGCUACCAAAUCAUUUAAAUAUAAACAAAAUACUUGAAAGAGAAGCUUUAAUAGAAGUUGAAUUUAAUGAGAAUAUAAGAUCAACUAAACUUUAUACAAAUAUCAUUGAUGGUUUUAAAGGACAAUUUCCAAUUUCAGUUGUAGAUUUUUUUAUAAGAAAUGAACACUGUAAACCAAUAGAAAAUGACUUUAAAAGUAUGAAAGAGGAACUAAAUGCAGACUCACACAUAGUAAACUUAAGAAAUGAGUAUUUUUAUACAAAAAGUUUAUUAAAUGGUCUUGAUAACAACUCAGAAGAAUUAAAAAGUAUAUUUUUUGAGAGGAUGAGUCAUUUUUCUAAACUUUUACUUAAAUCUGAUUUUACAGAAGAUGACAUGUUGAUUUUAAGUGCAGAAGAAAAGAACAUUAUUUUAAGAUCAAAACAAGCCUUUAAUAAGUUCAAAUAA